AUGCCAGCAGCCGACGCCGUGGCCCUUGCGGCGACUGCAAUCGUACCCUACGUGGCAUCACCGUACGACGUUCGCGCCUUGCUUGUGGCGCUGCCAGCAGACAUGCGAAGUGCGCCGCUGGAGGCGCUCCUCACGCUUCUGCAGUCGCCUGCGGCCUUUCUGGAGCAAUGGCCGGUCAUCUGCCUCGAGGACGUCGCGCUGUCCUACCGUCCGUUGGCUCUAUUGGCGCUGCCGGUGCUGCCAUCGAUUGCUAUCCGGCGCUUCCGCGACCUCCUGAUCUCGGGCCGUCGCGAGCUAAUCGCCUUCCUAACAGCGUGGCCGAUCACGUCGAUGUACGCCUCCAACGACGACGACUGGGACGUCGACGCGAUCGCAGCGGCGCUGCCACGCUGCACACGCCUGGCGCACAUUGGUGUCUCGAUCGGCAUGUUUACCAGACUCCGCCGAUGGCUACCGCCAAGCGUGCAGCGGCUCUCGCUCGCGCGGGACCCGUGGGACAGCACGAGGGACAUAUUGCAACGCUUACCCAUCUGUGUCUGGACUGCGUUGGGCAUUUUGAUGAUGCUCGCGUAG